GGCGAAAUCAUCUUCGUUGUUUUUCUAACACGAAACUUUCAGACAUGGCGGCCGCGAAACUCGUGGCUUGGUUACUACUUCUCGCCUUGGUUUUCAAUUUCACCACUUGUAUCUUUGCCGACGCUGGAAUCAACGACGGCGAAGAACCGAAACUUAGAUCCGACGGCGGUGAAAUCGAAUUGGAUCAGCUUAAUGCUAAAAUCCGUGCCCUAGAAUCUCAGAUUGAUGAUAAAACCAAAGAACUUAAAGGAAGAGAAGAGUUAGUAACAGAGAAGGAGAAACUUCUUCAAGAGAGACAAGACAAAGUUGCUUCUUUGGAGACUGAGGUUUCUUCACUAAGGAAAAAAGGUUCAUCAGAUUCUGUGGAACUGUUGAGUAAAGCUCAAGCACGAGCUGCUGAAUUAGAGAAGCAGGUUGAGGUACUCAAGAACUUUCUGGAGCAAAAAAACAAGGAGAAAGAAUCGAUAGAAGCUCGGACUAGUGAAGCCGAGAAGAAACUAAACGAAUUGAACUCGAAACUUGAGAAACUUUACAAGAAAAAUGAAGAGCAGAAGAACAAAAUACGAAAACUCGAGCGUGCUCUUAAAAUUUCUGAGGAAGAAAUGUUGCGGACAAAGCAUGAAGCAACCACAAAGGCUAAGGAACUGAUGGAGGUUCAUGGGGCGUGGCUUCCCCCUUGGUUUGCUGUACACUGGAGUAAUUUUCAGACUGUUGCUGGAACACACUGGGACGCCCACGGUAAACCAGUUAUGGAGAAAGUUACUCAAAAGGUGACGGUAGCGAAAAAUCAAGCUGAAAAAUGGGCUAAACCGCACAUGGCUAAUGUUAAAACUAAAUAUAUUCCAGCCAUGAAAGAGACUGUUAAAACGCAUGUUGAGCCACACGUUCAAACACUAUCUACCAAAGCGAAAGAGGCUUACCAUGCUUCCAAGAGUGCUGUUACUCCACAUAUUGUCAAGUUUCAAGAACAUGUAGAUCCCUAUUACCAGGAGGCUAAAAAGUUUAGCAAGCCGUACGUUGAUCAAGUAGCCACGGCCACAAAACCACAUGUUGAUAAGGUGAGAGCUACCAUAAAGCCUUACACAAAGAAGACAAUUCACUAUUACAAAGAGUUCCUAGAAUCUGCCUCAACAUAUCACCAUCAGCUUCAAGCCAAUGUCGAAACGAAAUUGAAGAGCCAUGAGCUGAUGGAACCUUUUGCCACCAAAGAGUUCACUUGGUUUGCAGCCUCUGCUUUGUUGGCGUUACCCAUCUUCAUAGUGUACAAAUUCCUCUGUUCGCUCUUCUGCACAAAGACAAAGAAGCCUACCCGACAGCCACAUCACCAUACUCGCCGUAAGGCCAAAAGGGGUCAUUCUGACAAGUGAAGUCACAUGAUUGUGUUGUUGUCACUUCCUCGUGCUAUAAAUAUUAGAGGUAAAGACGGGUUUUGAUGUGUUCUCUGUGAGCCUUAGCAACAGUCUAUAUGUUUUCUUCGUUACGUAUGAAAGAAAUAGCUUAUGUUAAGAGGUAUCUUAUGGGUCUUUUUUUAAUCUCGCUGUGCAAAAGUGUUCUUCACUCUCUCCGUUUUUGAGAUGCCUUUUGAAUAUAAAGUUUUCAGUCUU